UGGCAUCACUUUCCAACUGUCAAUGGCCGCUGUUGAAAUACAAGAAAAAUACAGAGAAACAUAAAAUUGUAAAUUUAUGAACACAAUUCACUUUUUUACUACACUUACAGGAGUUUGGCAAGUUUGGAGAUAAACAACCAAGUAUUACAUUGAUGCUGCUCUUCACUAAUAAGGAAGAGCCAUUUCAAAAAAUUUGAUAGUGAAAAGAUUAGUGACGCUCUUUUGUGGUACGAAAUUGCUAAGAAUUUGGACAGUAUUAAACGUUCAAAUAAAACUAAAACUGAGCAAGAAUAGAUCCCAACUUUUAACAGUGGUAUUGAUUGUCUACUAUUUUGAAUAAGGAAUAAUGGAAAUACAACAAUUAGAAAUACUUUGUAAGCAGCUCUAUGAGGCCACCGAUUCAGUGAUACGAUCAGAUGCUGAAAAGGCUUUAGUAGCUUUCGUGAGUAGUCAGGAUGCACUACCCAAAUGUCAAAUGUUAUUAGAGCGUGCCGAUUCUAGCUAUGCACAAUUGUUAGCUGCAACGACACUAACAAAAUUGAUACAAGGACUGAACUUGGAACAACGGAUUGACAUAAGGAGCUAUGUAUUGAAUUAUUUGGCCAAUCGGCCGAAUUUACAACACUUCGUAGUGCAGGCACUUGUUACACUUCUUGCCAAAAUUACAAAAUAUGGCUGGUUCGACAUGUACAAAAGCGAUUUGAUUUUUCAAAAUCUUUUUGAAGACGUUAAGAAAUUUUUACAGGGCUCUGUAGAACAUUGCACAAUAGGUGUUCAGAUUUUAUCGCAGCUGGUUCUAGAAAUGAAUUGUGAAAGUUGUGACACCACUCCAGGGUUCUGA